GAAAAGAGGACAAGACAAAUGCGAAAAAGACAAAACAAAUUUUCAAUUUCAGUAAAACGCCACAUUCAUUCACAUAUAACACGAAAACGACUACAACAAAACCAAGAAACAAAGCACAACAAUAAAAUUAAAAUAUUAAGAGCAAUCAAGUAGUGGCCAAGAGACAGUGAUCAUUAAAAGCAACAAAAAAAAACAAAAAUACAAAAUAAAAACAAAAACAAAAACAAAAAAUACACCGCAAAUCAUCAUAGCAUAAGAAAGAAAACAACAAUUAGCAACAACAACAAUAACACAACAGGGCCGACAACAUCCAGCGCCUCGCCUAGCCGCAACCUAGCCACGUUCGCGGUGAAGGUGACGGUGACGGUGACAACUACAAACAACAGUUUAUCAACAACACUAUACAACAACAAGAACAAGCACAAAUCACAUAAAUAACAAAAACGACAACAAAAAGCCAAAGAUUUCUGGCGUUGGUGUUGUUGAUGGUGGAUGGACUGCGAUGGCGGUGAGGGCGCGUCGGCACGACUGGCAGCGCUGGUGACGUGUGACACAACGACCAGGACAGGCCGACGGCCGACGGUGGACGGUCGACAGACCACUUUCCACCAUGCUGCCUGCAGUACAGUUCGGGGCGUAGAAAGCGAACCGCGCGUUCCAUCAGCGAACAUUUGUUCUUUCUUCUGCGGUAGCUCGUCGGCGACAAUCGAACGGCACAAGUGAUAACAGUAAAUUAUUGUAUUAAAAAAAAAGACACACAAUUAAUACCAUUUCAGAAAAUAUAUUGUAGUGGAAUUCUAGUAAAUUGCAAAUUAAUUAAAAAAGCAAAGCCCUCAACGCGCUUCAAUCGCUUCGCACUGAUUUAAUAAAAAUGAAGUAAAAUUAAAUUAAAUGAAGGAAAGAUGUGGUUUGUUCAUAAAUAGUGAAUAAAGUGCAAUAGAUAUUUGAAAGAAAAAACAAGUCGAAAUAUUUGUGCGAAAAGCGUGAAACAACAUGUCUACCAAUACUCCAACAAUGCUUCCAUUAACUGUAACAACAACAUCCAACCAAACCGCAAUCAGUCAAACAGUGAAAAGAACUAACAACGCAUUCGCAACGCGUCGAAAAAGACGAAAUUUGUGCAGUGAACUUGAACAGUGCAACAGAAAUCGUGUGGCAUCUAAUGCCACAACAACAACACGAAUUGCAACGAGCAAAUUGGCAAAUUAUGCCGACUUCCCAACGCCAACGACUGCGCCUCCAACAACAACGGCGGCAAUGGCAGCAAUAACAACAAGAAUAACCACAGCAACAAUACCUGCAACGACAAUGCGUGCGGCAGUGCCGCAACUUGCCACAAGGACCGCAGUGUCAUGCACAGCAACCACAACACCACCGCCGCCGCGAUUAUCAUCUGCCCCGGCGGCAACAACACCAGCAACACCAUCAGCUGCAGCGGCCACUAGUGCAGCCACCAUGCACCAACGAAGACUUCACUGUCAGCGGCGCGCAACUAUAGCGACAACACCAACAACAGCUGAGGCCCAUAACAUGACAACAACGUUGCCGCGUGCUCGCGCCGCUAGCCUCGGCUUCAACCUGAGCACGGCCUUUGCGACCGCUCUCCUCCACACCAGCGUUGCAGUUGCAGCCGCUGCCUCAACACAGCCUCAAACGCAACUUAGCGCCGCUGCCAAGCACCAGACGCCCCAGGCGCAGGCCGUGCUGGAUAGCGGCAUGCUCUCACAGCUGGACUCCAACGCCACUUCCACGUUGCUGGGCUCAGCAGGCGUCACCAUGACGCCGAGCAAUUUCACGCUGCUGGACGACUCUGGCGCCGAUGGUGUGGAGGGCAUCAACGAUGUCGCGAAUAGCAGCGAAUGGUUCGAUGUUGUGUACUUGGUGUUCAAGGCGUCGCUAAUGCUCUUCAUCAUAAUUGCGGCCAUUUUCGGAAACCUUCUUGUCAUUAUUUCUGUGAUGCGAGUUAGAAAAUUAAGAAUUAUAACAAAUUACUUCGUCGUGUCGCUGGCUAUGGCCGACAUAAUGGUGGCUAUGAUGGCUAUGACGUUCAACUUCAGCGUUCAAGUAACUGGGCGUUGGAAUUUCGGAAUAUUUGUCUGCGAUCUGUGGAACAGCUUGGACGUGUACUUCUCAACCGCUAGCAUUUUGCAUCUGUGUUGCAUAUCGGUGGACAGAUACUAUGCGAUUGUAAAGCCGCUCAAGUACCCGAUCAAUAUGACGAAACGCGUUGUGACCAUCAUGCUGAUAAACACGUGGGUCUCGCCGGCUUUGCUCUCUUUCCUGCCCAUAUUCAUCGGUUGGUACACGACCGAAGAGCACAAGAACUACGUGAAACGACAUCCCGAUCGCUGUGAGUUCAUCGUCAAUAAGCCGUACUGCGUCAUCUCGAGCUCGAUCUCCUUCUGGAUUCCAUGCACGAUCAUGAUUUUCACGUACUUGGCGAUAUUCCGCGAAGCCAACCGUCAGGAAAAGCAAAUGAUGGCGCGGCAAGGCAACGCGAUGUUGAUGCACCGACACUCAGAGGAUGCGCGCGCCAGCGUGGGAGUAAGCAACAAUACAGGUGAGGCGCUCAGCGGCUCCGGCUCGUCGAAGACUUUGACGCUGCACGAAGUGGAGCAGGACCACACACCGACAAAGGACAAACAUUUAAUCAAAAUGAAACGAGAACACAAGGCUGCGAGAACUUUGGGCAUCAUUAUGGGCACGUUCAUCGUCUGUUGGCUGCCAUUCUUCCUUUGGUACACCAUCACCAGUCUAUGCGACUUAACCGCGCCGGACAUUGUAGUCGCCAUACUAUUCUGGAUCGGCUACUUCAAUUCAACGCUCAACCCGCUCAUAUACGCUUACUUCAACCGAGAGUUUCGAGAGGCGUUCCGCAACACCCUGCAAUGCCUGUUCUGCAACUGGUGGCGGGAUCGCGGUCUGCCGCUCGACAUCGACAUACGACGCUCCAGCCUGCGCUAUGACACACGCGCCAAAAGCGUCUACUCCGAGAACUACUUGAGCGCAAGCCAGCCACCGAGGCGUACCAGUCAACUGGUCGACAGCUUAUAAUACAGCCGGGAUGACUCGCUGUUGUCGGUGACGCGCACACCGCCGCAGCGAUCCACCUCAAUGCAAUUGCUGCCAACCCAACAGUCCGUGCAAUUGACUGACUCGACGCCAGUACGCGCUGCCGGCAGUGGCAUGCAUCAGUUGGCGCCACUCCCACUGCCGUCGUAUAUCGGCAAGCGUUUGCUCGAGAUCAAACCUGGCGCUGGGCAUGAUUUCAAUGGCGGCGAUAUGCAGGGCAGGGCUGACGUAGGCAUCGGUGAUGACGACGAUGACGAACCGCAACAGAUACAGAUCGAAAUACCGUUGGCCUAUGUCAAGAAGUGGCACAAAAGCAAUAAAAUGACAACAGCAGCAACAACUGCAACAACUGCAACAGCGACAACAGUAACCGCGGCCACGGUCAACAGCACAAGCACAGCGCUGACUACAAUAACAACAACAGUAACAACACCCAAAGGCACCGACAUACACGAACACACACACGUUUAGGGAAAACUCUCGCACCCACCGACCACCAACUGAGGUGGGGAAAGUGUUGUUUGAGGAAUCCGAGCAGAAUUCAUAUAGAGCACUUAUCACAGAACUUCGUAUGUAUGUAUGCAUCAAAACAACACCAUAGGUGUAAGAAAAGAAAUAGAGAAUCCUGGCUCAACCACCCUCCAUUUUAUUUGCUAAAAGUUAUACUUCUAGUUCUUCCUAUUCAGUUCUUCGAAGGAGCUGGGAACAUAAUACGGAUCGAUUAGACGUGCGCCUAUUUUUCUCUAAAGUAAUUCAUGACCCUCCAGCCCUUGUAAGAAAUCAAUAUCUUUAAAUUAUAUUUUAAUUGUGAAAUAACAAACCAAAAAUAAUUUAAAAAAAAAUUAACAAACAUUUAUAACCAUUAAAUGAUAUUUUAAAGUAGGAAUCUCUUCGUGUUCGCCCGCGGGCUUUAUCGGAAUUAAAGCACAUUUGGAUCAAAUUACUUUUUCAUAAAAUAGUCGGUAUACUCACAUGCUUUGGCAACAUUUAAUCAUUAAGCGCAAUAAUUAUUAAUGCAAUUUACAAUGCUUUUUCCAGUUGCACAUUAAUCCGCGAGAGCGGCCGUUGAGCUUCCCUUUGCCGCCGUGCAACAUAUGCCCAUAUCAUAGAUAUACGUUUUUUGCCUCCGAUGCCCAAUUAAUUAGUAAAUGUGCACCUGAAUUAGCACCAGGCGCGGCAGCAGCUGGCGCUUGCGUUGGCAAAUUUUAAUCAGACAAAAGCUUUUUUUGCGGAAAUCAAUCGUCAAACAACGCCGACGUUCGCAUGCAAAAAAGGCCGAACACCGUCCACAAACCCGUUAUCGCGAGCACUUUCCGACAGAAUUUAUAUUUUAUUCAAUAAGCAUUGCACUGGCAAACAAAAACCAUUAUGCAAUCACUUGCAAUUAAGCGACGCACAAAAGUGUGUGAAAUUAAUUCUCACCUUCUCCCAAAAGACUUUCGAUCAUUCGCCCUUGUUGGUUUAAACGCUUUCCAAUUGUGUUUAAAGCUAAAAAGCGGCAGCAAAUUUGCUCGUGGCAAACAUUUUUAAAUAUUAUUAUUAUGAACAACGCCGAAAAGCCGAAACGGACAAAAACAAUGAAGCAUUUCGCAAAUAAACGGUUUUAUUUGAAUGAGAAAAUUACUUACACACCUGUUCGCCAACACAAUAUAAUCAAACAUUAUUCCUACAUACACACUUACUACAUAUAGAUGUAGAUGUGGAUGCAUACAUACAUACGUACGCAAUAUCCAUAUUUAAGUGAACUGCAAACAAUGUUAAUUAGCUAAUUAAAAAAGAAUGUGAACUAAGAGGAAAUGUAAAUUACAUCGAGGAGUGUCCGGAUGCGUGCGUGUGUGUGCUGGUGUGCGAUAUUUAACAUUUAAUCAAAAUCUAGCACGUUAACUAUGGGAACACAUUUAAAUAUUUGAUGAAUAUACCAAAUGCCAAAUCAAAAUUA